CCCCCAUUUUUUUCCUAUUGUGCACGCGUGCGCCGUCUCUUACUCUGCACUCCAUCUUCAAAGCCGGACAUGCACGUCACAUGUCAGGGUUCCCGAGUCAGGCAAGGUUUUCUCCCCUCCCUCCUCAUAUCCUCCGCGGAGCCCGAGCCGAGCAGCCCACGCAGUCUGCGUGCGUCUCCGCUCCACGCUGCGCCAAGGCACCACAGAAAGAAUGGACGCGCGGAUGGAAGGAUGCGCAGAAACGUUUCCGUAGAAGACCACCGCAAGAAAUUCUCCUCUUGUGAUUUUUAUUUUUUAUUUUGAAUGAUUUUUUGAGCACCUGUAGGAUGAGCUUCCAUCUCCGAGACCAAGCAGAAGUCGGAUUUUCGAGGUGAACAACAACAACGGCUCUCUCCGGUUGCUGGGCGCGCUGGAAACAAGCAAAGAAGCGGAUCAUGCUUAUGGGAACUUCCGUCUCCUUCAGAGUGUAUCGGCCUGAUGCUCUAUCAUGACUGAUGGCGACGGGAGAGUGCAAUUUCAGUAUGCAGAUAGCCCGGAGGGGCACGAGCGGGAGCAGGAGGGGGUCUUGGAGGAGGUGAGGCUCGCUAUCCUGAAAUCCCACCAGAAUGAUGUAGAACCCGGAGGCCUCUGUGAUGAGGAGCACAUGGAGCGCACCGGUAGCCGUAGCAGCAGCAGGAGGAGGAGGAGGAGGAAUGAUGAACGAGGAGAAGACGACGACGUGCAGCAGGAGCAGGAAGUGCAGGAAGCGGAGCUGGAAGAGGAUGUUGGGCCAACACUGGAAGUUCGCAUCGUGGCUCCCAUACGGGAUCCGGACUGCGUCUCGGAGGAGGAGGAGGAGGAGCAGCAGCCGUACCCGGCUCUGGCCCCCAUGGCCUUCUUCUGCCUCAAGCAAACCACGCGGCCUCGCAACUGGUGUCUUCGCGUUGUGUGUAACCCGUGGUUCGAGCACGUGUCCAUGUUGGUGAUCCUCCUCAACUGCGUCACCCUGGGGAUGUUCCAGCCGUGUGAAGAUGUCACCUGCCUGUCAGAGUGGUGUCGCAUACUCCAGGUUUUGGAUGACUGUAUAUUUGCUUUCUUUGCGGUGGAAAUGAUCAUCAAGAUGGUGGCCCUGGGGAUUUUUGGCAGCAACUGUUACCUUGGCGACAAGUGGAACCAGCUGGACUUUGUCAUCGUCAUGGCGGGUGUGUUGGAGUACUCUCUGGAUGGACAGAAUGCCAGUUUCUCAGCCAUUCGUACUGUACGAGUACUGAGACCUCUACGGGCCAUCAACAGAGUACCAAGUAUGCGGAUCUUGGUGACGCUCCUGUUGGACACCCUUCCGAUGUUGGGAAAUGUCCUCCUCCUCUGCUUCUUUGUCUUUUUCAUCUUCGGGAUUGUUGGGGUCCAGCUGUGGGCGGGGCUUCUGCGAAACCGCUGCUUCCUGGGAGCCGACAUCAGGACAAAAUACAACUUGUCAAUCAGUCCUUACUACAUGUCGGAGGAUGGCGAAGACAGCCCAUUCAUCUGCUCGGCGCCCCGUGAGAACGGUAUGCUGCGCUGCCAUGACAUCCCGGCCUACGCCGAGGCCAAGACUGAGUGCCAGUUAGCGGCGCCUCACCAAAGUUCAGAUGUGAUUGGAGCAGCCCCGACAGUGGGAGGCGCCAGUGUCAAUGGAUGUGUUAAUUGGAACCAGUACUACAAUGUGUGUCGUCCUGGGGAGCGCAACCCUCAUAAGGGAGCUGUCAACUUUGACAACAUCGGCUACGCGUGGAUUGCUAUUUUCCAGGUCAUCACGCUGGAAGGAUGGGUGGAUAUCAUGUACUAUGUCAUGGAUGCUCAUUCAUUCUACAAUUUUAUAUAUUUUAUACUUCUAAUUAUUGUGGGAUCUUUCUUCAUGAUCAACUUGUGCCUCGUGGUCAUCGCCACCCAAUUCUCAGAGACAAAGCAACGGGAGAACGCGCUGAUGCGGGAGCAACGCGCUCGCUACAUGUCCAACGAUUCCACGCUUGCCAGUUACAGUGAACCGGGCUCAUGCUAUGAGGAGAUGCUGCGCUACAUCAGUCACCUUUAUCGCAAGUUCACGCGCAGGCUUCAGAGGAUAUACUCUGCAUGGCACAGCAAACGGCGUAAAAAGGUGAAUCCUAACGGCAGUGGUGCGGGCAGUAACGGCGGAGGUAACGGACAUGGCCACGGCUCCAGCAGGGGCUCGGGCCCGGGUAGCGCUUUGUGGUUGAGGCCAAUACACAGCCUGCUGCAGCACCAUCAGCACCAGCACUGUCGGCUCCCCAACGGGGGGCAGCACAUGAGCGGCGUGGCGAGCACCGAACAUUUGGCCGGGGAAGGCGGCGUCGGAGGAGCCGUGGAACUGGAGAUGAAGUCACUUCCUGUUUGUAAAGGAAGUCGGAAUGGAAAUAGCGGCGGCGGCAGUCAGUCGGUUGUCACCCAAGGCAUGGGGUCCUUGCUCAGGAGGCUAAACGGAGGGAUGAACUACCCGACCAUUCUGCCAUCGUUUGUGUGCAGCUACAGCAGCAAGACUCCUCCGCCUCACUCCCAGCAAGGUGCUUGCGCUCCGGAUCAGCAUCCGCCCAACCACUCGGCAUCCGAACACACAGAAAAACUGAACAAGCUCUACCAGCUCGUGGGACAGCAUAGUCACCAGAGUGUGCUGUACCAGCUGGCGGGCGUGGUACCAAGUCCGCUGCUCCUGGAACUACUGAGCUGCCCUCUGUGUGCCCGCAGCUUGGAGACCUUGGAGCUGGAGUUGGGCGACUCGGAGGGUUGCAAGGGAGAAGGCGACGGACUGCAUGACUUCCCCCAGGGAGGAGAUCUGAGGGGCGGGAGAGGUCGGGGCAGGCGACAUGGGGCUCUGGAGUACAAGAACGGAGCGCUUCGGGCAUGGAUGAAGUUCAGGGAGAAACUGAAGAGAAUCGUGGAGAGCAAAUACUUUAACCGGGGGAUCAUGAUCGCCAUCCUCGUCAACACUCUCAGCAUGGGGAUCGAGUACCACGAGCAGCCAGAGGAGUUGACGGAUGUGCUCGAGAUCAGCAACAUCGUCUUCACGAGCAUGUUUGUUUUGGAGAUGGGAUUCAUGCUGCUGGCUUUCGGCCUGUUUGGCUACAUCAGGAAUCCGUACAACAUAUUUGACAGCAUCAUUGUUAUCAUCAGCGUGUGGGAGAUAAUUGGUCAGGCUGACGGCGGGUUGUCGGUCCUGCGUACGUUCCGCCUGCUUCGAGUUCUCAAGUUGGUUCGCUUCCUUCCCGUCACCGUAUUUCAGAUUUUAACCCAGGAGGAUUGGAACGUGGUGUUGUACAACGGGAUGGCCUCCACCUCGCCCUGGGCGGCCCUCUACUUUGUUGCCCUGAUGACAUUUGGAAACUACGUGCUUUUCAACUUACUGGUGGCCAUCUUGGUCGAGGGCUUUCAGGCUGAGGGCGACGCAAAUCGCUCCGAGUCAGACGACGAGAAAAAGUCUGAUAACUUUGAGGAGGACGAAAAAGUAGAGCAGCUCAGAGACACGGAGCUAAAGAUGUACACGCUGAUGAUGACAGCCAAUGGUCACGUCGACCCUCGCAGUUCCAUGGCUCCUCCCAUAAUCAUGCGAACAGCAGCCACGCCCAUGCCCACUCCAAAGAGCUCUUUAGGUCCAGAGUCCUACCUGGAGGAUGAUGUCAUGGCCAGAGAGGGAGUUCUGCAGUACGGAGAGGUCGGCGCUCCUGAGGCGGGGACCGCCCACCACCAGUCUCGCCGUGGAAGCUCCACCUCCAUGGACGCCUUGACGUGUGAUCAGAGAUCUUUGAGCCACUCCAGUCCGGCACGCCGCUCCCCUCUCCUUCCUCGCGGGUCCAGCUCGUGGGGAAGCCGUCGUUCCAGCUGGAAUAGCCUGGGAAGAGCGCCCAGCCUCAAAAGGCGAGACACCAGCGGCGAAAGAGAGAGUCUGUUGUCCGGAGAGAGAGCAGAGGACGAAGAUGGCGUGGAUGACAACGCCGAUGCCGGCGGGUGUGACAACAGAAUCCAGCCGGACCCCUUGGAGCUGCUGCAGGCCUCCACUCUCUGCCCCGCCAUCGCGGCCCAAUAUGGCGACUGCAACGGGGGGAUCAUGACUUACGCUUCCAAUGUGAACACUGACUCCAAAGACGACUCCUUGCCGGAAGAUGACAUUGAUGAUGACAGUUCUCUUUGCUACGUGAUCAAGAAAGAGCUCGCCAACUUGAAACCUCGCUGGUGCAAAGAACACGAAGAAUGGACGUUGUAUUUGUUUUCACCGGAGAACCCAUUCCGCGUGUGGUGCCAAAGCGUGAGCUCUCACAAACUGUUUGACCACGUGGUUCUGGUUUUCAUCUUCCUCAACUGCAUCACGAUCGCUCUGGAAAGACCCAACAUCCAGCCUCACAGCACGGAACGAAUAUUCCUCGGCGUGUCCAACUACGUUUUCACUGUGAUCUUCCUCGCAGAGAUGGCCAUCAAGGUGGUAGCGCUCGGAUUCUGUUUUGGGAAGCAGAGCUACCUUCAGUCCAGCUGGAACGUUCUGGAUGGCGUCUUGGUGUUUGUGUCUCUGGUCGACAUCCUGGUCUCGCUGGCAUAUUCCGGAGGGAACCGGAUCCUGGGCAUCCUCCGAGUUUUACGCUUGCUGCGCACAUUGCGCCCGCUCAGGGUGAUCAGUCGGGCGCCGGGGUUAAAAUUAGUGGUGGAGACGCUCAUCACUUCUCUUCGGCCUAUCGGCAACAUUGUCCUCAUCUGCUGUGCUUUUUUCAUCGUGUUUGGCAUCUUGGGAGUGCAGCUAUUCAAAGGGAAAUUCUACCACUGUGAAGGUCCUAACACCAAAAACAUCACCAACAAGUCAGACUGUCUCCUCGCCAACUACAGCUGGAUACGAAGGAAGUACAACUUUGACAACCUGAUUCAGGCUCUGAUGUCCUUGUUUGUCCUGUCAUGUAAGGACGGCUGGGUCAAUAUCAUGUACGACGGCCUGGACGCGGUGGGAGUGGACCAACAGCCUGUGAGGAACCACAACCCGUGGAUGCUGCUCUACUUCAUUUCCUUUCUGCUCAUCGUCAGCUUUUUUGUCCUCAACAUGUUUGUCGGCGUUGUGGUGGAGAAUUUCCACAAGUGCCGACAGGACCAGGAAGAGGAGGAGGCCCGUUUACGGGAAGAGAAGAGGCUCAAAAUCAUAGAAAAAAAGCGCAGGAGUAAGGAGAAUGGAGGGGCUGAGGCCAAACAGAGGCCCUACUAUGCUGAUUACUCCACCCCGCGUUUGACCAUCCACACGCUGUGCACCAGUCACUACCUGGACCUCUUUAUCACCUUCAUCAUAUGCAUCAAUGUGUUCACCAUGAGCAUCGAGCACUACAAUCAACCCCUGUAUUUGGAGGAGGUUUUGAAGUACUGUAACUACGUGUUUACCUUCAUCUUCGUCAUUGAGGCCCUCCUUAAGCUUGUGGCAUUUGGGAUUCACCGUUUUUUCAAAGACAGGUGGAACCAGCUGGAUAUAGCUAUUGUGGCUUUGUCCAUCAUGGGCAUCAUCCUGGAGGAGCUGAAAAUGAGUGCAGCUCUUCCUAUAAAUCCGACCAUCAUCCGAAUUAUGAGAGUACUCAGGAUAGCACGAGUACUUAAACUCCUCAAGAUGGCCACAGGCAUGAGAUCUCUGCUGGACACUGUCAUGCAAGCCCUGCCACAGGUGGGAAAUCUUGGUCUCCUCUUCAUGCUGCUUUUCUUCAUCUACGCCGCCCUGGGAGUGGAGCUCUUUGGCAAGCUCGAGUGCAAUGACAGCAAUCCCUGCGAGGGUCUCAGCCGUCACGCUACCUUUGAAAAUUUUGGGAUGGCCUUCCUGACACUGUUUCGAGUGUCCACUGGAGACAACUGGAAUGGCAUUAUGAAAGACACAUUGCGAGAAUGCCAUCCAGAGGAGCGUCAUUGUCUCGCCUACCUGCCUUGGGUCUCUCCCAUCUACUUUGUCACCUUUGUGCUCAUGGCCCAGUUUGUGCUGGUCAACGUGGUGGUGGCUGUGCUGAUGAAGCACCUGGAAGAGAGCAACAAGGAAGCGAAAGAGGAUGCGGAAAUGGAUGCGGAAAUCGCCAUGGAAAUGGCGAUGGAGCAGCAAUGCAGAUUGAGCACGACUUCCAGCAACAGCUCAGGCGCAGGGACCUUUGUUGGGCCGUGUCCACAAUCGCCCGGCCAGGAGGAAGCGGUGAAGUGUGGUGAUGAGGAUGCACAGCAAGUAUCCGAGAAGAUGUCUGUAUCCAGGAUGCACUCGCUGCCCAAUGACAGCUACAUGUUCCGACCUGUGAGACCUGCGAGCGCUCCUUCCCCUCUGGAGGAGGUGGACGGCAGUGCUCAGGACCAGCAUUCGGGCUCGCUGACCUCGGUCCGUUCGCAGCCGUGCGAGAGUCGCACUCUGCUGCAGGUUCCUGAUCUUUCCCCCGCUCAUCCCCGGCUGCCGCAAACCGUCAACCUGCCUCGCAUCGCCCCGCCCAUGCCCCACCCGUCUCCUCGGGCCCUGCGCCGACAGGUGGCAGUUAAAGUGGAUCCUGCGGAAGUCCAAACUUGUGAGCAACAGGAGAGGUCGGACUCCAUCGGUCUUCCUCUGCCGUCCCCUUCAUCGCAUUCUCCCCUUAACCCCGCCCCUUCUCCCCUGCCCCCUCCCCCUUCUUCCUCCCCCUCGGCUCUUUCCCUCCCACCCUGCUCCCCUUACCCGUUUCCACUCCCUUCCCUGUCUCCGUCCCCUCUCCCGCCUUUACCGUCCUCCCCAUCCUCCCUCCCUCCUCCACCGUCGUCCCCCUCGCUUCUUCUCCCCCCGCCUCGCUCGCCGCGCUUCCCGUCGCGCAGCGCCAGCCUCCACCGCCCCAGACCGCCUUCCGCCGCCUCCCUCUUUGACCCGGCUGAUGAGGAGGUGUGUCACAUCAUCAGCUUGGCCCGCCACAGACAGAUCGCCGAACUGGGAGGCGGACAGGAGAGCAGAGCGAAAGCGGGUCGAAGCCACUCCCUCUCUCCGUACACUGACUCGACCUCGUCGACUCCUCCCUCCUCAUUGCCGCGGCCGUCGUCCAGGAGCCUGCUCGGAGCGGAAUCGAAGGAGCGGGACUUCAGGAAGGGCUUCGGCGUCGAUCCCCAGGGGUUCCCGCACAAGUCGUCAUUACUAUCUGCCGGUUACCUUGACGACCAUCGGCGCCACUCCAUCGAGGUGUGCCUCCCGCAAGACUGCAUCGCCAGCGAUGACCAACACUUGAAGGCGGCGCUCCACAAAGGGAAGGGCAAUUUCCCGAUGAGGGUGCAGUCAGUCGGGGGCGGACACCGUAAGAAGAAGACGAGCCCCCCGUGCAUAUCCAUCCACCCGCCUUCAGAGAGGGAGCACCCGCCCUCACCCCCGAAAUUGGCCGACUGCAGCAUGAUGCUAAGACGAAGGACGCCGUCUUAUGACUUGACUGCACACGCGCAGUCAAACAAACAAGACGCCUUUAUGGACACGCAGGCGCACUCGCCGAUGCAUCGGGCGCUCACGCCCGUCCACGUGCCGCUACAAACACACUCGCCGACACACACGCUCACGCCCGCCUCGACACCCACACACGCGUACACUCCGCCGCCCCCGUCCACCCCGACGCACCCGCCCAUCCCGAUCAGCCCCAACAUCUUCAUCCAGCCUCACGCACCUCUCGUUCCGAGGCCUUUCGCACAGACACGCCCCCUUUCGCCCGCCGCGAGGCGCGCCGCCCCCACAAGGGACUGCAUCCCGUUGCCCCAAUUCACGUUCGACCGCCCGCAGUCGGCGUGCUUGUCGGACGCAGAUCCGGCACCGUGCGCUUCACCUUUCGACAACAAACUGGGAACCGGUGCGGGAUUCGCCGCCAAGAACCAGAGGACCGCCCAAUGAACAUCAGGAAGAGGAAGUGAAUUCGCCGGGCCCGAAUCUCCCGAGCUGGAGAACAUGCUGACCUCAGGAGUAUAGGAAAGAGUUUUUCGAGAGAUGGAUUCUUUGGUUCUUGUGAAUUUGGAAGAUGGCUGUCGUCGAAAUCGGCACGACCCAUCGGAGAAUCACAGACGAUGGAUCUAUCCAACUCCACUUCGGCGGCACCGAACAAUUCAGGACGAAAGCCACCUAACUCUGUAGCCAAAGUUUUUUUUUUUUUUGACGCUUUGUCUACUACACCCACGUGAGCCAAUCAGGAAGCAGCGUCUGGCUGACAACCUCUGACCUUUGCGGGAAGCAGUUUAUGAAGUGCAAGCGUGGGGCGGGAUUGUGGGAUAUGCAAGUUCAGGUUUUCUGCAGAAGUUCUGCUUGCCCCUCCUCUGCUCUUUGAUCACAUUGAUCAGAGCAGGCGCGUGUUUUUUUUUGUAUCUGUGCGUUGUUCGAAUGAGUGUUUGUAUGUUUUCGUAUGUCUCUUGUUGUCGUGUCGCCAUGUUUUUUUUUUCUUGACACUUCUUUCUUGACAAGAGAGGGGGAGCAGGACGCAGCUGUAGUGUGCGUUUAUCCGUGUCUCUGCGGUGUAAAUAAAGAAAAUACUUUAUUUGCUGAGAUUAAAAUAGCUCUAUCCAUAUGCACAUAUUUUUAUAGAGAUCUAAAGUGUUUUUGCACACAAGUUUGAAUUUCAAGUUGCUUCUUUUUCCUCGGUUAUGCUCUCGUGAAUGUACGUUUCCUUUCGAAACCCAGAAAGGCGGAAGAGUGAAGGAGGAAAAUUCUCCUCAACGGGGUGAGGAUUGGAUUUUAUUUUUCUAUUUUGAAGACUAGCAGAAGAAAAUAUGCGUGCGAUGAUGUUUCGGUCGUUGUGUCUCAACUUGGUAUGUGUUUGGUGUCUUCGUUCCGGCCUUCGGGGAUGGGCUCAGUGAUACGGAUAUAUGACAUUCGACAUUGGACAGAUUUUGAUUGAAAUGAUCAUUGAUUUAAAUUGUACGUUAGAAUCAAGAGGUUUUGUCUACACACAUCAAGUAAUCGUUAAUGAGCCUGAAACUUCACAAGCUUGGUGAGAAUUUGCCCUCCACUGGUUGCAUCAACACAUUUAAUCGACAAUAUUACCGUGCAGUGAUGUAACACAGGAAGACAAAAAAAAAAACAAAAUGCAAAUCAUCGAAUGAACCGCUGUAAGUUAGUCCCGUGCCGUUGACCCUUUGCUGUCCCAAGUUGUCGAGAUCCCGAAGCCAUGGCUAAUCAGUUUCAACUUGUCUAUUGCAUCACUGAGCCUUCCUGCUGAAUCGGCUGCUGAGCUCAUCAAGUGUUUCUGUACAUCGAAGGACAAACAAACUAACUUACUUAGUAGAUAAAUGUAGCCAGAGUGCAAUAACCAACAGUCGAACAACCACAGUCUUAUGUUCACACGAUACGUCAGAACUAUACGAUCCGUUUUUACAUGAGGAUUGGCGUUCUGCGAUACUUUUGUCCUUCUGCACGGGGCUGGCAGCAGCCCCGACGUACUGUAUAGUUCUCCCAACGCUCAGGCUUAACCACCAAUUGUUUUAUUGUAAGCGGAGAGAGCGACGGAGAAAUGUCACCUUUCGAUUCAGCCUCAACACGAACGCGAAUGAUUUGAUGGGAGUGAUGAGGAAUGGAACUUGAAUCCGUAGUUCAUCGGAUAUUGUUUGCUUACUUGAAAAUGCUUUAUUUCUUGAUGGAACUCAAAUGGACUCUGAAAUAUAUAUUUUUUUGGUGGUGGUGGCAAAAUACAGCAUUUUCAAUGCAGCAUGUUUGUGGAGUAUGUUCCAGCGGAGCUCACGCAGCCGCAAUGAUGCUCGUGUUGCGAUGAAAUCGUCCAACUUGAACAUCCUCAUCAUCGUCGCUAACUGUUUUGUUCAGUGUUCUACUUCAUUCCUGCGGGAACACAUUGCACCAAAUUUUGGAUGUAAUGCCCCCCCCCCCCAACCCCCUCCCCAAAAAAACUAAACUGGCAGUCAAAAGGUGCGGAUGACAAAAUAUGACAAACACAAUCCUAAGCCAUACAGUACAUGGCAAAGCACAAUAUGUACAUACUGUAUAAUAUUGCAUUUUGUCCAUAGUCACAUAAGAAUAGAAUAUUUAUCAAAGUUUUUUUUUUAAAGUGAAUUUGAUUAAAAAAAUAAAAUAAUUUAAAAAGCAAAGUUGUUACACGAGCUUUUGCAAACAAUUAAUUGUUAGGUUUAUGAAUAUAAACAUUUCUAAUUGUGUUGGCAAUGAUGACCAAUACAAGAGUCAUACAGUAUGUCUGGAUUUUGUCAUUUGGACCCACACGGUUUCAUUUCGAAAACAAGAACAAUUUCAAAUACUGCCUUAAAAUUUAAAUUUCAACUCAUCUUUGGGAAGGUUUUCAGUGUGAUGUAUUAUGAUUAAAUCUUCACAUGCCUUCCGCUAUUCCUUUGAUGUUCUCCUGUCGUGUUGUGAACGUGAAACAUGAUGUGGGCUCAGAAAAGAAUAAGUCAUAUUUGUUGGUCUUGCAGGUCAAUCGAUGCGGCCAUGGCUUAUUUGCUCUUGGAGGAACCGUUGUUUGUUGAGUUUAUGUCGAAAAAACAAAAAAAAACAAAAGUGGCUCAUGGAUGAUUGAAAUAUGAUAUCAAGAAGAUAUUGUAGCUAAAUGAUGGAUUUGGACUUGUUGCUCAAACACUUUCUGCCAAACGCUGUGUUCUGUUUUCAUGUCUUCUUGCACAGAUUGUGUGGCUCAUGCGAGGUCUUCAGUCUUUUGUUGGACCUAAUGCAGUCUAGUCUAAACUCUGUUUUUGCCAUCAGCAAGUUCUUAGUUUGGUAGAGUGACUGCAUCUUUGUUUUUUAUAUUAUUUGAGGGGUUUUUUUUUGUGUUUUUUUUACAAUUUACAGAUCUUUGGAUCUCGGUAUUUAACUCCUGUUUUUGAGGAAGCAGUUUAGGACUAUUGCAUGUUCUAAUCUAGAUAAAAAUAACCUUUGGGAAAGAAUUACCUGGAUGUUUUAGAGCUUUUAAUAUUUGCAUUUUCAACUGUUUCCAUUUGUAGACGGACUACCUAAUAAUCUAAUUAAUUGGUAUCUGAUAUAGUGCUAAUUAAAAAAAAAAAAAGCCCGUUCAUUAUUGUUCAAUGCAAUACCGGGUGGUUGCUGUACGAGGACAACUCCUCGUCAUUAGUUUUAUAUCCAGACAUGUAUGGAAACCUGUUGGUCCCGUUGUUCCGAACCAACAUUCUUUAAUUGUUAAGGUGAGCCUUCUUUUUUUCCACUUGAGCGUUUCCUCAUCAUACUCUCACCAUAUUAGAACUUUGCAAAGUAUUGACUUGAUACGAUAUAUAUUUGACGUAGGAAUAGUCUCAGCCCUCAUGCUCCGUAAAAGCCUCUCGAUAGGUUACGGCACAUUGCUCUGGCUUGACAGUGACCCGGCCUCAAGGUGAAGCUGACAAUCCUCAAUCCAACCAUGUUUCAGAUGCUCAGAAGUUCUGGAAAGCCGAAUAGGACAAACCAGAAGUCUUGUUGUCUCUCCCCUCCCCUUUGAAUGCCUCGAGUGGCUGACUCGGGCACCUCGAAAACCCCUAGGCCUUAUAAUGAGGGGAGUCGGUGCCGUGAGGAAGUCUGCAAUAAAAUUAUUUCCACCCCUGAAAGAGUGAGAGAGGAAAGGAAAGGGGGAGGCACGUUGUAUCCUUGAUGAUUAUUGUGUGACGGCCUCAUUGUCCUGGAGGAUGUUCCCUGUCAAUUAAAAAAAAAAAAAAAAACGAGUUUUUUUUUUCAUUU